AUGAUUUCAAGUGGGACUGAUCCAUUAAUCAUUUUAAUGGGAUUUGCUGAUGGUAAAAUACGCCUUACAAAUGUUCAACUCAAUAAUGUAUCAGAUUUUGGUGACUAUAUUGAAUAUUCGAUUCACGAUAACAAAAAAGGAAGAGUAAAUAUGUUGUGUUUCAGUCACGAUAACUGUAUGUUAUACACAUGUGGUGAUGAUGGGAAUAUUUUUAGUUUUAUGUUUCAAUGUGAUAAUAAGGUCAUAGAGAUGUGUAUGAUUUCUGUUUCUGAAUUGCCUCAGUCCCCUGUAUUUGAUGGAGAAGACAUUUUAAUUAUUAAAGAAGACCUAAAACUAAGUUUGGAAGAGAGAAAGAUUCAUAAAGAAAACCUUAAAGCUUUAAACUUAGCUAAUAAAGAAAAGGAUAAGACGAGUUAUUUAUUAUACGGUCUGAGAGAAAAGUUCAAACAAGUUUUAAUCAGCAACAAGUCAUUACCAGAAACACUGCGAUUAUCUGGUGAUUAUUUUCAAUUAGAUGAGCGAAUCAAUAGUUCACUUAUUAAAGAGACACAAUCUGAAAUGGAUAAAUUACAUUUGAAGCUAGCGUUUGAUUACAAAAAGAGCUCAUUAGGUCUUAAGUAUUUGAAAAAAUAUUUCAUCGAUCCAAUUGUAACUAAUAAGUUUGCAGUUAAAGCAAUUUUGAGAUAUGUAGAAGUUAAAACAUUAUACCACGAAAUGCGUGACAAUUUAUUUAGUAGCUUAAUGGAGGAAUUUUUAUCUAAGAAACUUCCAAAACUACCGCUUGAGGAAAUAAAAGAUUCAAACAGUGUAAGGAGACGUGGAUCGGCAGUAUUAAGCAAAGGAGCUCACAAUCAGAUACAUAAUGUAUCUGAAUCAGAAAUAUUUCUUCGAAAUGUACUUGAAGAAUAUCCUUCUUUACCAAAGAAAAUUCAGAGUGCCAUAGAUAGGUUUGCUGCUAGAAGAGAUUUUGAAAAUCAAGAAAUUCUUAAAAUUCAAAACAUGUAUAACAAUAAGCCAGAUAAUAAUAAUAUUGAGGAAGAAGCAUUACUAGAUAAUGCUUGGGAUACUAUUGGCUAUUUGAACUUAAAAACUGGAUCAGAUUUUAAGUUGACUGAAAGUGAAAUUAUUACAAUGGAAGAUAAAUUUGAACAAUACAUUAAUGUUAAAAAAGAGGCAUGCAAUUUGAAAACAACUUUUAAUGAAAAAGUGUUAAGCCUUAGACUACGCAAAAUAAGUUUAAUACAUGAUUACAAACAAUUUAAGUUUGAUGCUUGCAUGAUACAAAAGGAAUUUAAUGAUCCAGAAAUAACGACUCCGUCAAAUUUCCCCGAUGUUGUAAUGGAUGAAUCUAUUGAUCCUAGCUUAAUUGAUCCAUUUGAACCUAUUGGUCAUUGGGAUCCGACAGAUUUGAUUUUAAAGCCCGGAAAUAGUCACGAACUUACUCAUUUAGAAAUCAUUAUGCAAAAUAUGAGAAAAGAACAAUUGAAAUAUAGACACAUGCAUUUGCAUGAAACUAUGUUAACAAAAAUCAAUAUGUUUGAUGACGAUUUAAUGGAAUUGGAUAAAAUUCGAAAAGAUGUUAAGCUCCGAAUUAAAUUUCUUGAUUUAUUGGCUUUAACAUUUGAAGAAGAAUUGAUAAUUUUGAAUGAUUUUGAUUUAGUUGAAGAUGAAUAUAGUGUAUAUAUUAAAACAGGUUUACAAAACGAUAAAGUCAACCAAAUACAAUGCAUUCGGGAAGAAAUCAAAUAUUUGAACGAUAUUAUUAAUACCAAAACAAAUAUGCUAAUAGACAUUCAACAUACUUUUGAUAUGGAAAUUAGGAAUGAUGGGUUUGCUAAACAUCUUAAAAAAAUUUUUAAAAAGAAAUUGAAAGUACCUAAACUGAAAUCUGAUGAUGCCGAUGAUACACUUUCAUCGUCUUCAUCCGACGGAAGUGACGAAUCUGAUCCAGAAUUUAUAAAUGAAAGUGCAGAAUCAUUUACGGCAAUGAGUCGAGUAGUGGUGUUUGACGAAAAAGUAUUACCAUUGGGCUGCGAUCCAAAAUUAUUUAACAUUACAUUAGAGUUGAGGUCAAAACGAUAUGAAAUUGAACAAACCAUAGACGAUAAUAAAAAAAAAAUGGAUGUUCUUAAUACACGUUUAAGUUCAACUUAUGAAGAAUUUGAUGCCAUUGAAAAUGAAUUAAAACAAAAUAUAAAUGAACUAGAAGCAUACCGGAUAAAAAAACAAUUGAAACUAAAUGAUGUUAAAACCACAAUUGUAUUGAAUAAAUCUCAAAUGACCAAAGCUAAAUUAUUGAAAAGUUGUAUUUUAUUAUAUGGAAAUGUUAUGCAAGAUCUAACAAAUAGAGUGAUGGAGUUAAAAAAAGAAGAAAAAGAGAUAAUAUAUACAUUCAAAAAUGAAAAGGUAGUUGCUAAACAGUUUCGUACAGAAAUAACGAAGAUGGAGAACAUACUAAAAAGUUAUAAAAUAGCAAUUAAGGAUGAAAUGAUAAAGAAAUUUAAAAUUGAAACGGAUUGGAAUUUUUUAGACGAAAUGGAAAUGACUAUAAUCAACUAUAUGAUUAUUAAAUCUAAGUCCAAGGCCAAAGACACAAAAGAACGUUUUGUUCGAGAAAUAAGACUAUUAGAAAAUAAAAUCAGCUCUCAAACAGAGUUAAUAAUUGAUUUAUUAAAAUGGAAUACUUUCAAAAUAAAAACCUUAAGAGAUGUUUGUGGAAACAUAAAUAAAAUUAGACAGUGUUUGAUGGAACAAAAAAAAAUUAAUUUAAAACUUCAAAGGUUAACAAUGGAAUCAUCAUUUACUACAGAACUCAAUACCAUUAAACAAACAUAUGAUACAUUGUUAAAAAGGAAACAAGACAUAAGUGAGAAAAUAAACAUGUAUAAAUGCAAAGGCAAAAUGUUCCCUCCUUUAGUAAAACAAUCAUACACUAAGUCAAUACAAAGUCAGGUGGUCAAUGACCGGUCCUUAGCUACACCUGCUACUCCACAAGAGGAGAGCGAGGAAUCAUGGACAAUCAACGAUGAACCACUUACUUACAACAUGGAAUUUAAUGUUGAACCGAAGAAGUUGACUUUUUCCAAACAAUCAUUAUCACGGUUAACAAAACAGUCAUCACACUAUGAUAGUUUUGAAAAUGUCGAUAAAGGGUACAAAACAAAGAAGUGGACGACCUAUUAUGACGACGAAGUAAUACCGGCUACAGAGGACGUGGAAGACUUUGCAGAAUAUAAUGAUUUUAGUGAGAGGGCCGAGACACAGAACAGCUUGUCGGACGACAAAGAAUCCAAUGGAAGCCACAAUAAUAUUUAUGGUGAUAAUAAAUCAAAAAAUUAA